UCUUAUGUGCGCUGCUUGUCAUCCGCAUCUUUCUCAUACAUACCUUCCCACUACAAAUUGGUUAAAGGGUCCCUUGAAGACUUUCAAAAUGUAUGGGAGAGAUCUCAGAAGCUUGAAGACCAUGAUCAUAGACGGAAGUAUACCCAUGGAUGCAGACCUUUUCCUUAGUAAAUUGGUGCAAAAAGGCCUUAUUACAGAAGUGCAGGAAAUUGAACUGAAUGCAAAGAGAACCCGCAGGGCGAAGAUCGACGGAGCUUUUAACAUACUCUUUAAAAGAGAUCCCCUACCGACGUGCAUCACCCUUCAAGAGAUUCUGAAAGAAAUACACGGGGAUGGCAUCCAACAUCAGAUUCAGAGGGGGAGAUCCUCUUCCCUCCGGGAAUUCCAAUCUGAGAGGGAGAUGACCACGGAAGUGAAAGCUUUGACCAUCGCCAAGCAAGCCAUGAAGAACCAUGACCACUAUACUGGUUACAAACAGAGAACAGCGGUUGGAGAGAAUUCCUCCAUCAAGGGCAAUGGCGAAUUGGCGGCGAUGAUCGCGACGGCAUUGAGCUCUCACACAGGAAAGCCAUGGAACUGUAUCGUCAGCGACGGGAAGGGGAGCAGCUAUUUCGCAGAAAAAAGUCAUGGAGUUGUCCACGAUUUUCAGCUGGAUGACAAAUGCGUUACUCUUUGGAGAUGCUAGUAAUAGUUAGCGUUAUUUUGAAAUUCAAAUGUCAUGUAUGGGAUGAUACACCAUGUCGGACACAUCCGUCAUUGACAUGGCCUGUUAUGCUAUGUCAUGCUGACAUGGUAUAUCAUCCCACGAUACAUCAUGACAAAGAUGACGUGAUGGCCUACAAAGCCAGCACGCUCAAAAGCCGGGACCCUCAUAUUAGGAGGAUACAGGGCGUGGAUGGAAAGGAAUAACCUUCAACUUGGGAGGGAUAUUUCUUUAUGGAAACUUUGAUGAUUCUGCGGAUCCUGAUCCCCUCCAAUGAUAAAAAACCCAGAUAUUUCUUACUCAUUUUUUUUAUUCCUUAGAAUAUUUUAUUCAUCAUGAUCUAAAGGUACGGGAUGAUAUUAUACAUAUCAUUUCACCCUAAACGAAAAUUUUCGUUGUAGAAAUUUGGGACUGUAUUUUUCUCUGUAAUUGAAACAUGAUCUGAUCAUUAUGUGACUCUAGUUGCAACGUUCAACAUUUUACU